CUCCUAAACGUCACUUCCUCUCGUGUGCCUGUGCAGCCGAUAAGGAAGCGCCGACGUAGCUGUGGCUCUCUUUUUUCCAAGCGGCCGGGAAGAUGGCGGACAUUCAGACCGAGCGUGCCUACCAAAAGCAGCCGACCAUCUUCCAAAACAAAAAGAGGGUCCUGCUGGGAGAAACUGGCAAGGAGAAGCUCCCGCGUUAUUACAAGAACAUCGGUUUGGGUUUCAAGACACCCAAGGAGGCUAUUGAAGGCACCUACAUUGACAAGAAAUGCCCUUUCACUGGUAACGUCUCCAUCCGAGGGCGCAUUCUGUCUGGCGUGGUGACCAAGAUGAAGAUGCAGAGGACCAUUGUCAUCCGCAGAGACUACCUCCACUACAUCCGAAAAUACAAUCGCUUCGAGAAGCGCCACAAGAACAUGUCCGUGCACCUGUCUCCCUGCUUCAGGGACGUCCAGAUCGGCGACAUCGUCACAGUGGGCGAGUGCCGGCCCUUGAGCAAGACUGUGCGCUUCAACGUGCUCAAGGUGACCAAGGCCGCCGGCACCAAGAAGCAGUUUCAGAAGUUCUGAUUCCAGAUGCCUACCGCCGCCGACCGCCGGCACCGAGAAGCCGUUACAGAAGCUUUGAGCCCAAAUACUGUCACUACCGCUGCCACCACCCCAAGUGAAAUAAAGUUAUUUUUUCCCAUUCACAGAC